AACUCAAACUCAUAGGAAUAAGAGUAGGCAUAUUUUGUGUGAAGCUAGGUGGCAUGGAUUUGCAGAGAUGCUUGGUUUUCCUAUACCUGCUUUCUAGCAUCAUCAUCACCCUUUCGGCAGCCGCACAGCCUGCUGAUCUUGUAUUCUCAGUAUGCAGCAAAACUGGAAACUACACACCAAACAGCACCUACCACACCAACCUUAACACACUUCUUUCCUCCCUCUCGUCCGAGGUUAAUGAAUACGGAUUCUACAACGCAUCCGAAGGCCAAAGUCCCGACAUGACGAGCGUGGUUGCGCUGUGUAGAGGUGACGUUAAGCUGGACACAUGUCGUGUCUGUGUUACUGAUGCUGCUAAGAAGUUGGCACAAUUAUGUCCUAAUCAGAAGGAGGCGUUCGGAGGGUACGAUGAGUGCGUCAUACUAUACUCCCAUAGAUUCAUCAUAGGUUCCAUUUCAAAGGAUCCUUAUGUGUACCGGUGGAAUUCGGAGAACGCCACGAGUAUCGACCAGUUUAAUGAAGAUUUAAGAAAGUUGCUGGCUGAUCUUGGAAGCCAAGCUGCAAAAGGCAGCUCCUUUCUUAAGUUUGCAGCGGGGAAGACGACUGGACCGGACUUCCAGCCCAUAUAUGCACUUGUGCAGUGCACCCCUGAUUUAAGUGCUCAAGAUUGUUCAGCUUGCUUGAAUGCUUCUUUUGGAGAGAUCAGUAACAGUAAAUGUGACAAGUGUUAUGGGAAGAGAGGGGCCGGCAUAAUCUGGCCUAGCUGCAAUUUUCGAUAUGGCAGUGAACGUUUCUUCAGUGAUACCUUGAUUCAAGUUCCAGCUACACCACCACUGCCACUAUCACCACCAACAACAUCACCACCACCACAGUCACAAUCAGGAGGAAAGGACUCAAAGGAGGAUGACCAGCAUACAACACCAACUGCCUUGUUUGUUGUUGUUCCAGUUAUAGUUGUAGUUGUCAUGGUUACCAUCAUCGUUUGCAUCGUCUUAAGAAAGAGGCGAAAAAGGAGGCAAGAGAAUGGUGGCAUGGAAGAAAAGGAAAGCCAAAAGCUAUGCAUAGAUCAGAGUGAAGUUGCGGAAGAACCUAGCUCAAGUGUUGAAAUUUGUGCCGUGGAAUCUCUUGUGAAAUUUAAUUUGAUUACCCUACAAAAUGCAACGGAUAACUUCUCUAAAACAAAAAAGAUAGGAGAAGGAGGUUUUGGUACCGUAUAUAAGGGUACACUUGAAAAUGAUCAGUUAGUUGCUGUGAAGAGGUUGUCUGAACAUUCAAGACAAGGUAAUUUAGAAUUUAAAAAUGAAGUGGAUUUCAUAGCUAAGCUUCAACACAAUAAUUUGGUGAAGUUGCAUGGUUACUGCCAAGAAGGAAGAGAAAUGAUUCUUGUCUAUGAAUUUGUUUCCAAUGGUGGCCUUGAUGGCUUUUUAUUUGAUCGUGACAAAUGUGGAUACUUGGAUUGGGAGAGACGCUACAUAAUCAUAGAAAGUAUUGCUAGUGGGCUUAUUUAUCUACACAAAGAAUCCUCUCCUAAUCGUAUUAUUCAUCGCGAUCUCAAAGCUAGUAACAUUCUCUUAGACGCAAAUUUAAAUCCAAAAAUUACAGAUUUUGGAAUGGCUAGGUUGUUUGCUUUAAACCAAACCCAAGGCUCUACAAAUACAUUGGUGGGAUCCCAUGGAUAUAUAGCACCAGAAUAUGCACGCUUUGGUAUAUAUUCUGAUAAAUCUGAUGUAUAUAGUUUUGGAGUGUUAGUUUUGGAAAUUAUAAGUGGACAGAGAAAUACCAUUCAAAGUGGAAAUUCUAAAAAGGACCUUUUAUCCGACGUUUGGAUAGAAUGGGAAAAAGGGUCUACUUCAAAUGUGAUAGAUCCAUUAUUGAAACGUCCAUCAAGUCCAAAGCAGGAGAUAGAAAGAUGCAUCCAUGUGGCCUUGCUGUGUGUUCAAGAAAAUGCAGAUGAUAGACCUAAAAUGCCUAUAGUUCAUGAUAUGCUAAAUCGUAACUUAUCUAUGAAACUUCCAAAGCCCUCAGUCCCUGGUUUUUAUACUCAAAGCCGUGUCAAUUCAUAGACUCCGAGACAGUUUAAGAAUAAUGGGAUUUCAAACAUUUAGUGUCAUAUAUGCUGAAUGAAUAAAUGAUCGCUUUUAGUA